UUAUUCCUUUGAAUAUCGGUGAUUACAAAACAUAGAGCUUUCACGUAUAUAUAGUCCUGCCAAGGGCUAAGAAUUUUAGUAAGAGUCCACGUAUAAACGGACUAGGAUUAGGAUUCCAACUUCUUCUUUCGUUCUAAGAAUUAAGUUUGUAUGUUUUACAACAGAAACUACAUGGGGGCACAGCGCCUGGAGGGGAAAAAAAGGAAAACAAAAAAAAAACAAAAAGUGAAAGUGUGGAACCACACUAUGGCGAGGCGCGUUCGUUCCUGGGAGGGAGGAGAACGACCCAACGCCGUUUCUCAAUUUUGGGUACAGAAGUAGACUUGGCCGAAGACCCAGCAGCCCAGGUCAUUAGUCCAGCCGGAGCUAACACGGCAAGGCAAAGCUUCAUUGAGCCCAGGUCCACGGUCUACUGCACAUCACAUUCGUCUAUCCACAUUUUUCAAUUUCUUCUGAUAGUGUGGGGUUCUUCUAGUAUUUUAGCAUUCAAAAUUUAGUAUAAAUUUUUCCUAGUAAAUACCUCCUAGUGAGGAUUUCCUAGUAUUUUGACUAGUGUUAGUGUUUUAUUACUAACUAAAAACACUAGGAGAACUCCAUUUUGGUAGUGAUCAUCAACAGUCGAAGAGUCUCAAGUCCAACGACACGGAAGCUGCUACACGCUUCUUCCGGUUCAUUCACCAUUACCAGUAGCCAUGCCUACCCGAAUUCUCGUCGUCCUCCUUAUGAUCCUCCUCUUGCUUACUUCCAUCUCCGGUUCGGCGCAGACCAACGACGCCGAGCUCCGAGCUCUCCUGACCAUCAAGAAAGAUUGGGGCAACCCUGCAGCCCUGAGAUCAUGGAAGAACAGCAGCAGUGCCUCUGCUUCGUCCACUCACUCUCACUGCAACUGGGCUGGGGUUACAUGCAGCAGCAGCAACGGCCAAGUGACCGCCCUCGUCUUCCAAAACUUCAACAUGAGCCGUCCAAUCCCAGCGUCCAUUUGCAGCCUCAAGAACCUGACGCACAUGGACCUCUCCUACAACAACCUCACCGGCGACUUCCCGGCUGCUGCACUCCACGGCUGCUCCGCUCUUCAGUUCCUUGACCUGUCCAACAAUCACUUCUCCGGUGCCCUCCCAGCUGACAUCGAUAAAAAACUGUCGUCGUCGGCGGCGGCGGCGAUGGAGCAUCUCAACCUGUCAAGCAAUGGCUUCACAGGCAGUGUGCCGUUGGCGAUCGCCGGGUUCCCGAAGCUCAAGUCGUUGCUCCUCGACACUAACAGCUUCAAUGGGAGCUACCCGGGUGCCGCCAUCGGCGACCUCACGCAGCUCGAGACGCUAACCCUGGCAAGUAACCCCUUCGUGCCAGGCCCCAUCCCUGACGAGUUUGGCAAGCUGAAGAAGCUGCAGAUGCUGUGGAUGUCAGGGAUGAACCUGACUGGUGGCAUCCCUGACAAACUGUCGUCGCUCACUGAGCUGACGCUGUUGGCUUUGUCCGACAAUCAUCUUGACGGUGAAAUUCCGGCGUGGAUUUGGAAGCUUCAGAAGCUCGAGAUCCUGUACCUCUAUGCUAACAGCUUCACUGGUGCGAUUGGACCGGAUAUCACCGCCGUGAGCCUGCAAGAGAUCGACCUUUCCAUGAACUGGCUCACCGGACCGAUACCGGAGAGCAUCGGCAAUUUGAAGAACUUGUGGUUGCUCUACUUGUACUUCAACAACCUCACCGGGCCGAUUCCGUCGAGCGUCGGGCUGCUCCCGAACCUCGUGGACAUCCGGCUAUUCACCAACAGCCUCUCCGGCGCCCUCCCGCCGGAGCUCGGGAAGCACUCGCCGCUGGGCAACCUAGAAGUGAGCAACAACUUGCUCACCGGCGAGCUCCCGGACACGCUCUGCUUCAACAAGCAGCUCUACGACAUCGUGGUCUUCAACAACAGAUUCUCCGGCGCGUUCCCGGCGAACCUCGGGGACUGCGACACGCUGAACAACAUCAUGGCGUACAACAACCAAUUCACCGGAGAGUUCCCGGGGACAGUAUGGUCGGCGUUCCCUUACCUGACCACCGUCAAGAUACAGAGCAACAACUUCGCUGGAGUCCUACCAGCAGAGUUGUCAUCUAACAUCACGCGGAUCGAGAUCGGAAACAAUAGAUUCUCCGGCGCAGUACCAACAUCUGCCACUGGCUUGAAAACAUUCAUGGCGGAGAACAAUUGGUUCUCCCAUGGGCUCCCGGAGGACAUGACCAAGCUCGCCAACCUCACUGAGGUGUCUCUCGCCGGGAACCAGAUUGGCGGAUCCAUACCAGUGUCCAUCUCAGCCCUUGGGGCUCUUAGCUACCUCAAUCUCAGCAGCAACCAGAUAACCGGAGCGAUCCCGGCAGCCGCCAUUGGAUUGCUCCCGGCACUCACCGUCCUUGACCUCUCAAACAACAAGCUCGACGGCCAGAUUCCAGAGGACUUUAACAAUCUCCACCUCAGUUACCUGAAUCUCUCGUCGAAUCAGCUCGUCGGAGAGGUGCCAGCCGCACUACAGAGUCCCUUGUUCGCCGCCGCCUUCGCUGACAACGCUGGCUUGUGCGCCGGACAGGACGCCGGCAUGCUCCUCCCGACGUGCGACCAAGGAGGAGGAGGAGGAGGUCGUAGUUCGGCCAGAAUGAUCAUCAUCCUAACAGCAACAAUUUCCAGCAUUUCUGCCAUCACCUUCGUCGCUGCCAUGGGAUGGUUUGUCCUCCGGCGCAAGAGCAACUCGCUGGAUGUGACGUCGUGGAAGAUGACAGCGUUCGGGACCCUGAAUUUUGGCGCGCAGGACAUCAUCAGCAACAUCAGCGAGGAGAACGUGAUCGGCAGAGGUGGGUCAGGGAAGGUGUACCGCAUCCAUCUUCACAAGGCAAGAGGAGGGCACGGUGGCGACGGCGACGGCGACGGGGCCGCCGGUCACUCGACGACGACGUCGACGGUGGCCGUGAAGAAGAUCCGCAACAACGACGACGGGAAGGUGGGCGUGAACGACGACAAGGAGUUUGAGGCGGAGGCGAGGUCACUGGGCGGUCUCCUCCACGGCAACAUCGUCAGGCUGCUCUGCUGCAUCUCCGGCGGCGACACGAACACGAAGCUGCUCGUGUACGAGUACAUGGAGAACGGGAGCCUGGACCGGUGGCUGCACCGCCGCGCGGCCGCGGCGUCAGAGGCGGAGCCGCCGCUGGACUGGCCGACGAGGCUGGGCGUCGCCAUCGACGUCGCCAGAGGCCUCAGCUACAUGCACCACGGCUUCACGAGCCCGGUCAUCCACCGCGACAUCAAGUGCAGCAACAUCUUGCUCGACCGUGAGUUCCGAGCCAAGAUCGCCGACUUUGGCCUUGCUCGCAUCCUCUCCAAGUCCGGCGAAUCGGAGCCGGUGUCGGCUGUCUGCGGAACGUUCGGUUACAUUGCUCCAGAGUACGUGAGCAGAGUGAAGGUGAGCGAGAAGGUGGACGUCUACAGCUUCGGGGUGGUGCUGCUGGAGCUCGCGACAGGAAGGGGGCCGCAGGACGGCGGCACGGAGUCCGGCAGCUGCCUGGCGAAGUGGGCGUCGAAGCGGUUCAAGAACGGCGGCGGCCCGUGCGCGGACCUGGUCGACGGUGAAAUUCAGGACCCGGCUAACCUGGACGAUAUGGUGGCCGUGUUCGAGCUCGGGGUGAUGUGCACCGGCGAGGAUCCGUCGUCAAGGCCGCCCAUGAGCGAGGUCCUGCACCGGCUCCGCCAGUGUGACCGGAAUCAGACGUCCAUUGACGACGACUCUGCUAAAGACGUGUGUGGCGUUCAUUCUUUGGAGUCCAUGGUUUAACGUGGCCUUUUGAGAUGCCCCACCAUCUCUUAUCUCAUUCCUAUAAUAUAAAAACUU